AUGAGCGAAAACAGGGGAUCGUUAACUCGACAAGCCGUAUUUGGUGAAAAAUGGUUACAUGAAAGAAUAUUUUUACCAAUAACAAUAAUGGAUUUUUUUAUGAAAACACUACGAAUGCCUCUAUUAUUAAUUAUUGGUCGUUUUAAUACAUGGAUUCCAUUACAAUUAUCACCAUUAACUGUGAUAUUUGGUAAACCGAUUUCAAUUAUAAAACAAGAACAACCGACUGAUGAAUAUGUUGAAAAAAUUUAUCAUGAAUAUUAUGAAACAAUGAAAAUUAUGUUUAAUGAAUAUAAAAUGAAAUUAGGAUAUAGUGAUAAAGAAGUUUUAAUUAUAAAAGAAGAAAAAUCAAAAUUAAUAAAUUAG